AGCUAAAAACCCUGCAACACUACCAGGCUACCUCCCAGUCUCAUAAUUGCGAAAAAACGAAGAAAAAGAGGAAACAGGAGAAGUUCGGGAAGAAAGAUUGGUUCAAGAUUUUGAGAAAUGGCGAGCAAUCUGGACAUGACUCUCGACGACAUUGUCCGCCAGAACAGAGGCAGAGGAAAAGGCCGCUUCGCUGGUUUCGGAAGCAGAGGAAACGGAGCAGGUAGAAGCAGAGGCGGCGGGGGAAGUGAAGGAGGACGGCCGUUUCGUUUCGGUGAAGGACCCGGUCCGGAGCGACGGUUCGGUGGCCGUGGCAUUUACAGGCCUAGCCCUUACGUACUGCCGCACGUACCGGCGGCGAGGGGGAGUUUCUUCGGGAAGGCUUCCAUGGAACUGGUGGAGCCAACGCGUGUCCCAGCUGGGCCUGAUGGAAGACGAGAAGGCACGAGGCUCUACUUGUCCAAUCUGGAUUAUGGGGUUACUAAUCAGGACAUCAAGGUGCUUUUCUCUGAUGUUGGGGAGUUGAAACGUUACUCAAUUCACUAUGACAAGAGUGGAAGAUCUAAGGGAACUGCUGAAGUUGUGUAUGAACGCCACGGGGAUGCUAUAGCAGCUAUCAUGAGGUACAACAAUGUCGAUCUCGAUGGGAGGCCAAUACGGAUUGAGCUGAUAGGGGCUAAAGUUCCGCCGCCAACUCCCCUUCGAGCUCCUGCAGCUGGGAGCAACAUGAGAAGGCCUAAUCUUUCCUUCAACUUCAUGAGUGGUGGAGGAAGCUUCGGAGGGAGGAGACCCAUUCGUGGCGGUGAUGCAUUUGGCAAAGACCAAGGUCCAGGCGGACCUCAAGUCCAAGUCCUAGGGCAAGAAUUUGGAUGGGGGAAGAAGAUGACUGCUGAAGAACUGGAUGCCGAGUUGGACGGUUAUCGCUUUGGAGCCAUGAAGAUCAAUUGAGCAAAGCAAAUUCUACCACCACCCUACUGACGUUCUAUCAUUGGGGAUAUAGUUUUCGCCGGAACAAUAUCAUAGUUACUGCACAUUCUGAUGACUUGUUGAUAGAUAGUAACAAGGAAGGUAAAAGGAUGUGGAGGGGUGGCAAUUUUGCAUCACUGCUUGCUCCCUGCAUUCUUGAACAGCAAGACUUUGUUAUUGCUGCAGAUGGUAUAAUGUUUGUUGUUUUCUUCAUCAUUGUCUAGUAGUUGUAGGGUAAUUCUGUGGAUGGGUCAGCACUCUGCAACAGGUUAAAACUCAGAUAGUUUUACUAAAAUUGUGUAAAGCGUUCGAUGUAAAAAUCAAUCACUUACUA